UUUCGGUCUGUUGCGCUUCUGUGUGCCUUUUUAAUUUGCAUUUUUAUUUUUAUUAAGUUUAAAGCUGUUUUUCUUUAUCGAGUUAGUUUUAACGGUGUCACUUGAAAACGUUUUAUAAUUGUAUAAUGAAAAACUAUCGAAAUUGAAUUUAAUACUCCUAGUGAAAUAUAAAUAGUUUUAUUUUAGAAAAAUUUAAUAUACAAACAACUGCAAAUAAGAAAAAGUGGAAAGCAUAAAUGAGAAAUACGUGAAAAUAUUCGGGCGAAACUUGCAAUCACUUCCGUUCCAAAAAGUAAAAAAAAAAUAAUAAAAACGACAAACAACAAAAGGAAAAUAAAAAAUACGUAAAUUGACUUUUUUCAUAGCGAAUGAGAGUAGAAGAUAUAAUUGAGGAGGUUUAAUUGGAGGAAUCCCAACCAGAAGCGAGAAGCACCAGUGGAAAAAUAUCGUCGUCGCGUUAAUAAUAAAAGACAACAGAAAGGCCGUCUGUCUAAUCCUCUAAAAUGGUUGACCGUCUGGUGAAUUCCGAAGCAAAUACAAGACGUAUUGCCACAGUGGAGAAUUGCUUUGGCAGUUCUGGUGUGGCCCUGGCCAUACCCGGACGAGUGCUGGUGGGUGAGGGUGUCUUAACCAAAAUGUGCCGCAAACGUCCCAAAUCGAGACAAUUCUUUCUGUUCAAUGACAUCUUGGUCUAUGGCAAUAUUGUCAUUGGCAAAAAGAAAUACAACAAACAACACAUAAUGCCUUUGGAAGAGGUUUCAUUGGAGAACAUUGACGAUUGUACCCAGUAUCGAAAUGGUUGGCUUAUACGUACCACCACCAAAUCGUUUGUGGUGUGUGCGGCCACGCCAACAGAGAAACAAGAAUGGAUGGCCCAUAUUAACAAGUGUGUGGAGGAUCUACUAAGAAAAUCGGGCAAGAAACCCGUGGAGAAUCAUGCCGCCGUAUGGGUGCCCGAUGCAGAGGCAAACGUAUGCAUGCAUUGCAAAAAAACACAAUUCACAAUGAUUGUGCGACGUCACCAUUGUCGUAAUUGUGGCGCGGUUGUUUGCGGGCCAUGCUCAUCGAAGAAAUUCCUAUUGCCCCAACAAAGCUCGAAGCCACAACGUGUGUGUUCCAGCUGCUAUGAUCGUCUGAGUAAGGUUGUUAAACAGGAAUCAGCUAAAAUGUCGUCGAACUCCUUGAAUUCCUCGGCUCACAACGAUUCGCAAAAUAAUGCCAACGAAUCAUCUGGCGAAGAUGAUUCUGAUGACGAGGGCAAUGGCAUAGGCAAUGAACAGCAUGAUGAGCCCAAAUUCUAUGGCGACACCAGUAUCUUAUCCUCAACGGAGACGAACUCUGCCGCCAACACUACCAACAAUACCCAUGUGAAUUCUAGUCAUACACCCAACAAUUGAUAUUUAAAGAAAUUGCGGGAAAGAGCCGGCGGGGGAGGGAGAAGCAGUGGUGACAGCGGCAGUAAUUUUGGCGUCGGAGGUGGUGGAGAUGACAGUUGGGUAUGGGUGGUCAGGAAAGCAAAAUGAUGAAAAGAAGUACAGAGUAGAGAAUGGCUAUCAAUUAAAGGAGGAUCAUCUAAUGGUGUAUAACGGACGAAAUGUAGCAAACAAAAGACGAAUUGAUGAAUGAAUGAAUGGACGUUUGACGUUGCAGUUGUUAUAAAUAUUUCUAUAUAUAGUUUCUAAUGGAAGAGGUUCUAUUUUUAGAACAGAUUGCUCUAUCUACAAUAUUUUCACAAAAACCCCUGUUAACAACGAAACAACAACAACAACAGCAUGUUAUCUGUUAGCCUGAAAACUCCCAUAAUUUUCUUUUAGAAAA